AAUGCAUCAUUUUGUCAAAUGCUGCCAGCUUUUCCUCCUCUGGUAUCGACUUGACUCAAAAUUCUGAUCCAAGUACUGAAAAUUUUCCACUGGAAAGUAAUAACACCAUCUUUCAAUGAUUAACAAUAGCCCUCAAAGGGAAAAUUCUUUGCCAAUCAAAUCCUGUUCCUUGCCUAUAACUAUUGGCUCAAGCAAUGCUUAUGUAGGCUCACUUACUGCUAGAGAAAUAGAACUUUCCGAGGACUAUACCUGCAUAAUUUCUCAUGGUCCAAACCCAAAGACAACACACAUUUUUGGUGACUGUAUUUUGGAAUGUCACACAGAUGAAAACAUUGGUUCCAGUACGAUUGAAGAGCCUGGGAUCGAAUCAUCUCCGUUGGGAAGUUGCCCUGAAGGGUUUGAUCACGGAGUUGUGGAUGCAAAUUUGCAAAUCUGUUACUCAUGCAAGAAAGUUUUGAAAGAAGAGCAUGAUAUUUAUUUAUGCAGGGAUGGAAAAGCUUUUUGUAGUUCACAGUGCAGCUCUGAGGAGAUUUUUGGAGAACAUAAAUUGAACAAAACUUCCAAAGAUGAUAGUGAAAGCUCUGCAGGUCGAGCUACCAUGAGGAAGAUCUCUUCAUCAUGGACUCCCAUUUGCUUUAUGACAGUGAGUUAUAGUUUCUUUUCAAACCCUCCCACUUGGCGUGUUUGGUGAGAUGACACAACAAGAAGAGGAGAGCUUUUGGUUAUAGUUUCUUUUCAAACCCUCCACUUGGCCAUGGAUGAUCGCGCGGAGUUUACAGUUUUUUUUUUCUUUUUCCGAUUUUCUGCUUUCAUGGUAUUGUGAGUGUUGGAGUAUAAAGAUGAGAGCUUUUGGUUUCCCCUCUUCUUUGGGCAGAAUAUAGAUAUGAUAUUAUAUCUGUUUUUGCUUGUUUAUUGAAGAUUUUGAUCCAUCUUUGUUAAUGUUGGAGAUCAUUUUGAUGUUGUAUCUCAAAGGCUUUUGUUGACUUGAAUAAAAAAAAAGAAAAAAAAAAGAAGAAUUGUGCUUGAAGACUGCUUGUUAUUAAACAAGUCCAGGAAUUACAUUAUUAUUGUAUUAUGGUAUAGACUUUUGAGGUUUGAAUGACUUGGGAAAUUCAAAGAUUUCAGUUUGAAUGGUAAGUAGGAGAUGUGUGUUGAUUGGAAA